AUGAAGAACAAGGUACCUGCAAUGCUGAAGCAGAUGCUCGCGGCCUUGUCGGGGAUGGCCAAGUCGAAGUCCCUGGCCCUCAGGAGGAAGACGGACGCCCUCCGGACUCGCCUCAUCAUAUUCUCGCUGUUGCACCACGACAAGAAGUUCUUCGUCAGCACCCUCUCCCACAAGCUCCAGAACCUCCUCUCUCAGCACCACCACCACCACAACCUCGACGGGGACAAGCCCUGGGAGGAGUUCGAGGAUGCCGAUGUGGGGGGAGAGCAGCUGAACGAGAAUGCCAUUGUUAGCUACUGCGACAGUGAAGCCCUGGUGCACGAGCCGAUGCCCGUUCUGACUCACUGUGAGCCAGCCAAAGACGAAGAGAAAGAAGAAUACGAUGAUGAUGGUGGAGAUGACAAGAAGCACCCAGAUUUGAGACACACGUUGUUUGACGGCAUCAAGGACUUGUCGUCGGGCGGGUCGGUGAUCGAGCUGGUGAAGCACUCCAAGGAAGACAGAGGAGAGGAGUUCGUGCUGGAGAACGAGAUCGACCGCGUGGCCGAUCUGUUCAUAAGGAGGUUCCAUCGGCAGAUGAGGUUACAGAAGAUGGAGUCUUUCAAGAAUUACCAGGAGAUGCUCGGAAGAAGCGUCUGA